AUGCAAGAGCGGAUACAACAAUUCAAUGAAAUUAAAGCGGAACUCUUUGAAAGAUUCAAAGACGAGCUUUGGCGGCUCGCAAAUGCAGAUGAAUCUUUCUAUGGAUGCGGCAUUGCAGGCGGUCUUACUUAUGCUAUUAAAGGAUCAGAAGGAGUCGAUAUACACAUUAACCACAACCAAAAGAAGGGUGUUACAAUCAUUGCAACCAUCACAGCUGAUGGAAGAAAACUUCCUUUGACAAUUGUGUGCAAAGGAUUGACAGACAGGUGCCAUCAACAAGUGAGCGACGACCGGAUCAUCAGCAAUGAAAAGAUCCUUCAUUCCGAAUCAGGAUGGUCUACCCAUGAGGUUUUCAAAUCUUACCUCGAAUGGGUUCGCGACUGGUAUGAUCAAGCGUUUGGCGACAAUGAAAGUUAUAGGAGGAAUAACAAAAUUAUUUUAUUCCUCGACACUUACUCCAGCCACAGGAACAAGGAGACGAAGGACCUGGCAAAAGAACUCAACAUUGAUCUUGUUUACAUUCCAGUUGGUUGUACAGAUCUUUGCCAGCCACUCGACGUGAAGGUUUUUGGCGCUCUCAAAAACAUGGCGACUCGAAUGUGGUGGGAUUUCUAUGCCAUCGAUCAAACCUUAGUGUGCACACUGAAAAUGGCUGUGUAUAUCUUGGUCCAAUGCUGGAAAUGUCUCGAUGAAAACCUCAUUAUCGAAGCAUGGAAUAUGCAUGAGGCUGAUCUCAGAGAAAAUGAAAGAAUUCUCAGCAAAGUUACUGAUGAGCAAGCUGCCGAAUUUCUUGAGAAGAUCGAACAAGUCAGGGAAGAAUACAUACACAAAGCCGAGCAAGCAUUACCACAAGGUGAGAAUCUGGAUAUGCUCCGAGACUUUAGUGAAAUUCCUGAAAGAAGAUAUCGCAGGCAAGAAGGAGAAAUCGACUCCGAUGAUGAUGAUGAAGAGUGGCAUCCUGAAGCAGAUCUUGACGGAUUCAGUGAUGAUGACUUGGACUUCAUUGAUGAAUACGACCUCAAUUCAACUGAGGAUGAGAGUUCAGUUGAUCCUCCGUCGGAUUACGAACCUGGUAAUAUCGCUGAUGCUUUUUCACCAAUUCCUGUUGAAGUCGAAGAUCCUCCAUCACACCUUCCAGAUCAGAUAUUCUGCUCAAUGGCAAGAGGAGGUGCCUCCUUUAUCAAUUGCGUAGAUAAGGCUCCGCAGUUUGAAGCAAUUUGCUUUUCUCAAGCGAAAUAUCUCAAAGAAUUCGCGGAUAGGAGAACUAAAAAAAACCACAGUGUCGAUCACGUUAAUGGCCUUGAAAUACGUUUAAAUGAUGAACGAUCUUCAUUGAACGUAAGUUUACAAAUGCUAUUUACAAUACUCACAUUAGAGGCCUAUAAUCCCGAAGAUAUUAAUGAUGUAUUUAAAUUGUUUCAUAUUGAAAAUGAUGAUGUUUACACAGAUGUCCUCAGAUUCAUGGAAAUUCUUCUACGAAUGGGCAGAUCAGUCAGGGUUUCUCCAGGACAGUUCUAUCAGGAUCUCGAUUUCCGUGAACAGGGCGAUCCAAGGCUGUUUAUCACACAUUUCUUCAGCCCAGAUCUAUGCGGUAUUGUAUAUCUUGAUGAAAAUAACACUGUUCAACUUGUCAAAAUGUUGAAACUGCCAGAUGACGGAGAUUUUAAAGAUUUCAUUAAGGAAAAGAAAAUUAUUAAGAUGAGCAAAUAUUUGUUCAUUGGAAGCAAUCAACAAUCCCAAGAUGCGCAACCCGACAUAUUGGAGUUUUCCGAUGGUAGCAUUUAUAUUCGUUUUGCUAUCAUUUCAUUAGAAAUUGCAAGAAAUGGAUCACCAUAUUUUAAAUUUUAUAGAAGAUUGGAUCUUGAAGGUAAAUUUGUAAGAAUUACAAAUCAAUGGGUACGCGAGAUGGACAAAGAAAAUGCAAUCGGAAAUCAGUUUAUUUCUUUAUAUGUGAAAGGUAAUGAUCAUAAUGAAUAA